GUUGACCUUCUGCUGCUCCUCCAUCAUUCACUUCUCUCUCCUCCCUUCUUCCCCCACCAACACAAUCGUCGGAACAGCGCUUUUUCUCAUGGAGAAUUCAGUACUUACAGCGACUCUAGCGAUCUUGAUCACUUCAUACGAUAUGCACCCAGCACCUGGAAAGUGACUGCGAUUCAAUUUGUGUUAGUUCAUUGCAUCCAGUGUUUUUGUUUCACUGUUUUCCUGCUUCUUUCUCUUUCGCACUCCUCUUUUACUCUCGACCUUCAGCGCUUUGUUCGUAUUUGUCGCGCAUAUCGCCUUUCUUCGAAAUGUUCUCUCAUCCGUUCGAAUCCUCCCAGCAGCAGUUCCAGCAGAACGACUGCACGAUGAACAACCUUACGACCCAACAACCUGAAGCGGACGAUGUGCCCAUGAUGGACGCAGGCCUUCUCGCUGAGAACGAGUCUCCCAAGGUGGCUCGAGAUGCCUCAUUUGAUCCCAUGCACAUCAAUGCUCAACCCCAACCCACUCCCUUCUUCACUCUGUCUCCAAGUGAGCAGAACAAUUUCGAACCGUGGCUUGGUUCUAACGCCUACCUCGCGAACCCACCCCCUCUCUCGACGCGCGAAGUUCCCCCGAAACUGAAGGCGGCUAUGAGGCCUAUUGGACCUGUCCGCCCGACCUUCCGCUUUUCGCCCCAAGGAAAGAGCAAGCCUCUCCAGGCGCAAAACAACGGGACUCUUCGCCGCGCCAAAGAGGGCGAGUUCGAUGUUCGAAAGCCUCUGAGCUACAGCACUGUGAGCAAAGGUCUCAACACUCGUGGCGUGAUGAACAAGCCUUUUUUCGACAACUACAAUAUCUACAAGCCUCUGUCCAGCAACUCGCUUGGAACAAAUCGGUCUGCGAUGACAGGCCUCACGACUUUCGGCCGCUCGGUUUACGAUCGUCCCUAUAGAUAUGGCAAAUCGACGCCAUCGAUGUUUGAGAAGGCAAUUUCAAGCCAAAGGGCAAACACAAGCCGCGAUUCCUCCCUCAGCAGCUUUGACUCGCAGAAGUCUACCGAGGACGGAAAGGCAAAUAGCUUUGACUCUUUGACGUCUGUCUCCACCAAUCAAUCAUCUUUUUCACAAAAGCGUUCUGGUGAUAUUGAAGCGCAGAACAUCUCCGCCCAACAUUCAACUCCGAACGGUAGCUCUGGAUUGUUUUCGAAGCACCGUCGUCGCUCAAGUGUCGACGAGUUCGGCAGUCCUGUUGGCCCGGCUGCUGUGUCUGACGAUCUCUCGCCUUUCGCACGUGGAUAUUAUUCACGAAAGCGCACAAUCGAUAUUGAAGCGCAACACAACCACUCGCAGCCUUCAACUGAGACUGGAAGCUCUGGGAUGUCUUCGAAGUACCGCCGCCUAAGUGCAGACGGGCUCGGCAUCCCCAGCGGGAACAUGAAUCCGUCUGCUGCCGGUCUUGCACAGCCAGUUCGUUCUCCUUCGCCCUCUCGGCGCGUCUUUACCACCUCCACACCCAGCAAAUCGCUUACACCUACCAAGUCUCUGAGCUCGAAUUCAAACUUGAUGGCCGUCGACAUUCCUCUCUGUAAUGGCCGAGACACACAAGUCAACACCCGGGAAUCCAAGGGUCAUAUGCCCGGUUGUUGGCCGACCCCCUCCUCUGUGCCUGUGUCGCCUGUGACAGCGUCGUCUCCUUAUGCCAAGUCCGAUGAGGAUAUCAUCAUGGAGGGGGCAAUGAUGUCUGGAGCUCUAGUUCCGCCAUUUCCUGUCCUCCCUCACAAUUCCACCCUACCGCAGAGCCCGUCGUCUGAAGGUGCCAAUGCAAUGGACACUGAUCAAGAUCAGAUUGAGGACAUGAUCCCUGUUCCAGACGCACAGGCACCUGUAGCCGCCUGGCAUACUUAUUAUGCUUCCGUUUACGCCUCUCUUCAGCGUGUGUUCCAGAAUAGGAUCGUCCAAAACAUGGCAGAUGCAUUCAAGGGUGCGCUCGAAUAUGCUGGCUAUAUUGGGCAGAAUGUUUGGAAUCAUUUUGAACCUCGUGGACGUCGUGGACGUCAUGAACGUCCUGUACGUCGUACUUCCCCAAACUCGAGGAACUCACCAGCUCGUGCGAUCCUCAGAACUUUGUCACCGGAGCAGCAACAACGAAUCAGGGCCAACCAAUGGCGGAGAGACAGAGGUUAUCCGAUCAUAGAGGAAUAUCCCUUCCCUGAAGUAGCUCUUGGUACUCCACAAAUGUCUGCUUCUCCCAUCGCUGUGCCGCAACCCGAAAACGUUCAUCAUCUUCAUCAUCAUAUCGGACAGGUGAUUGAGCCAGCCACCGCACGUACAGCUGAGCCUGUUGCGAUGUCCGACACCACUUCAAUCUUGGAAGUGCACGGUCAUCAUGCGAGCGGACAGGUGCUUAAACCAGUUACUGCAGCUACAACCGAGCCUUCUAUGGAAUCCAUUGCGGACUCCGUCUUGGAAGGGAUUGUCCAUCAUCCAAGCGAGAGGAUGGAUGCACCAAUCACCACAGCUAGAGACAAGGCUGUUACAACCAAGUCUGCUACGAAAUCUAGCACGACUUCGAUCCUGAAGAAGCCACCACCACCAGAGCCUAUGCAACUACCAGGACCGAUGGCUUCUGCGUCCGGUGUUCACAAGCCAAAGCCAAAGUCAACCAGAAUUGGCCCGUUGAGCAAGUAUACUGAAGCGCGCUUGCUUCAGACGCGUCAUGGGCGUGGCAACUUACUACGUGCUGUCGAUGAAGCUCUCAAAACUGGGGAUUGGGAAAAGUUCCGACGAACUACUGCUGAGAUAGAGAAGUCCCCAGAUCGCUUCUUGACACGACCCGUCCACGGCGAACGCCCUACUGCGACCGUGGUUCCGGUUGACAAUGCUGACGCCAAACCGUCUUCGAAGAAGAAGUCCGUGAGUUUGAAGAGUGUUCGAUUCAGGGAGCCGCUGGUGACUCCACCCCCUGGCCAGCCUCGACAAGCACUCAUGACUGAGCUUGCACCACAUCUGCGCCCGUCGCCGCCCGUCUCUGAACAGCCUAAGAGGCCCAAGGCUGCCGGUGAAGCCCCUGUUGCACAGAAGGAAAAUGUUCCGCCUACCAUUGUUACUUCUGUUGAACCUGUUGACGAUAUUCUAACUAACGAACAUGCUGAAACCGUCGAUGUAGCGCCGUUGGCGGACCCCUGGAACCAGCCGGCGGACUUCCCUCUUGGAAGACCCGUGUCAGCUGUCAGCCUCUUUUACCCUGUCGCGAGACCCCUUCCACCCGGUCGGACUGAGUCUAUUUACGCGGAUGAGUUCAAGGAGAUUGAAGAACAAAAGAAGCUUGACGAAGGUCCUACCAGGAUCCGGCCUGAGGGUACAGCUGUGCGCCCCCUUUCGGAAAAAUGGGAAUCGCGUGUUGAGGAAGCCAUGCGCCUUCCGCCCAAUCGCAAGAUUGCUACCACGCUUUCUGGCGAUCCUCUUACGAAGAAAGACUUGGAAACUUGCUUUACUCCAUUGAAAUGGUUGAACGACGAGGUGAUCAAUUCAUAUCUUGCCCUGAUCAUCGAUUACUUACGCCGGACUCAUGGAAACGCUGGACGCCAUGACAAGCCUCGGUUCCAUGCCUUUAAUUCCUUCUUCUUUUCGAACCUCCGAGACAAGGGCUACGAGUCUGUUCGACGCUGGGCCAGUCGAGCUAAGAUCGGAGGGGACAACCUUUUGAAUGUUGAUACCGUCUUUGUCCCGGUUCAUAACAAUUCUCAUUGGACUUUGAUUGUUGUGAAGCCAUCUGAUCGGACCCUUGAGAACUUUGACUCCCUCGGUUCAUUGUCUCGCCGUCACAUCGCAAUCAUCAAGACUUGGCUUCGUGGAGAACUCGGCGAGAAAUUCGACGAGGACGAGUGGACUGUACUCCCUUCUGUCUCUCCCCAGCAGGACAAUGGGAGCGACUGUGGCGUCUUUUUACUCUCAACUGCGAAAGCCGUUGCCCUUGACAUUGAGCCGAUGGCGUACGGCGCCAACAACACUACCUUGCUGCGAAAGAAGAUUGUGGCGGAGCUCAUGAAUGGCGGGUUCGAAGGCGACUUCAACCCAGUCGACGAAGCUGGAGAGACUUUACUUUGAAACAAACAAACUUCAACUCUGCUCGGUGACGGUUUUUUUGUUCUUCUUUUUUUGUGUGUUUGAUUGAGCGAAUGAUUUGAAAAGACUCGCAUAGCAAGGCGUAUUCUUUCUUCUUUGGUUUUGGGGUGCUUUUUUUUUUUUUUUUUUUUUUUUUUUUUUUUUUUUUUUUUUUUUUUUUUUUUUUUUUUUUUUUUUUUUGUUUUUCGUUUUGGUUUCUUUGUUUCCCUGAUUCUUAUUCCCUAUAUUCUAUACCCCCUAUUGUUAUCGUCCCUAUUCUUAUCUCUGGGGCCACCGUUCUUGUUUUGGGGGGGGGGUUUUUUUUUGGCGUUUUUGGAUCUUUUUGGGGUGUUGGAGAGCUCCAUUUCGUUCCUUUUCUCGAUUGCAUAGCGUGGUGGGUUUUCUCGUGCUUUGAAGAUACCCCGAGCUUCGGCUCAUGCCUUUUUACAUGUUUCCUUCUGGGGCGGGGCGCCACACUCAUGUAUCCUUCUCUCUUUGGGCGCCUCGCCCCGGAAACCUCCAUGUCCUCCUCAUGUACAAGAUCUUUUCAUGCCUCUCCCCGGGGGCGGGACGCCAACCCACCAAAACACCUCAUGCCACAAAACCAACACCUGGCUGGCGUCCCGCCCCCAUCAUGUCCUCCCCCAUGUACAUACAAGUCUCUUUUCAUGCUUCCUUUCGAGGGCGGGACGCCCAACGCUUCCAUGUUCCCAUAUGCCACUUCAUGUCAAAGGGCGUCCCGCCCCCAUCAUGUAUAUAACGAGCUCUACAACUUACAUUUAUGUUCUGGGGCGGGACGCCAUAUCCCCAAAACACCAUGUGCCACAAGCCACAAGGCAUCAUAUGGCGUCCCGCCCCGCCUCAUGUACAUACAAUGCCUCACAGGCUUACAAUCAAGGACAUAUCAUGACCAAACUUGGACUGCACGGUCUUUCGCACCUCCCCGAGGCAGCGUCAUCGCCCGACAGCUGUCGUUUCCCAUUGGAGUUCCUCCUCUCCCUUUUCCACGGUCGAUGGUGUUGCCUCUGAUUGUGCUCGAUUGGGGGAACGCCGGCCGUCGAUGUGUUGAAUGCAAUCUCUAUCCACUCAAUUCCCAUGUACACGCUCUCAUCGAUCUUCAUAUCCCCGGUCCAGAUCCCGCCAUCGCUCCACAGGUUCAGGGCGAGAAUACUCGGCCGAUCCGGUACACGGUAGGUAAUGUUUGCCUGCAGCUGAUCGUCAACGUACCAGGUCGUGGAAUUCGAGAGCCAGUCCAUGCGAUGGGUAAUCCACGACGACCACGGAGACGGCAAGGUCGUGACGACGUCGCUGGCGUUGGGAAUGAUAAUAUCGUUGAUAGGGUCAUAGUCCGGCUGAUUCGCAUAGUGAACGGUAUUCGCGGGAUCCGAUGUCAAGAUUUCCAGAUCCGACUCGCAGGUCGCUGAGCGAUACGUGAAGAUCCCCGCGCAAGCACCCUUGGGCACCUGAUCGUCAUCUGGACUCGGCUCGAAUGGUGAGUGCGAGAUCGCAUCCCGCGACAUAAGCCGCAUGCGGAUUCGAAGCGAGCAGCGAUAGAAG